UGGCCAUUGAUGGUUGGAAAUUUUCUCACUCACUGUGUUCACCCAGCGGGGCAAACCAUUUUGCUGUACGCUGACCGAAACUGUGGCUGAGUCGAGUAGAGGGUAGUGGUAGUAGCUGGUGGUGCUGGUGCUAUUGAAGCCUAGUAGAUGAAGGUGUAAUCGCUGGUGCUCCUGCUCCACAUUACAACAUCCUUCCACCCUUAUCACGUUCACUGCAAACGGUAAAAGGUGCGUCCAUUACGAAGACGUGUGCUUUAAUGGAACCACUGUGAGCACGGAUUUCAGUGUGCGUGUAUGAAUGUGUGUGUAUGUGAGUUGUGUAUUUGUGUGUGCGUGUGUUGAGUGUACAAUCUGUUGAACGUUCCUGCCGCUCGAAGGCUUUUCAUACCGUGUGUGUAUGUGUGCAUGCGACUUAAUACGGUGAUGUGCAGUGAAGUUGUGAGGUAGCCAGUGUACCGUGGCGUAUCCCGUCAGAAAUAGGACGAAUCGGUCCUAUCGGCUUUUGUACGGUGAAAUUCGACGCAUCAGAAUUGGUGGAUAAAAAUAAGUCAGAGUCGGAAGAAAAAACUGCGGCUUCUCGGGAAGUGGAGUUUCUGUUUGAUGUAUGGAAGCAGAGCGUCGUCUAAUGGUGGUUGUUCCUCUAGCGACGAACUAGCGUACUUGCGUGAUGCAAUCAAUACAAAGGAAACGAUAAAUCAGCAACAUUUUAGUACAGCACUAUAGCCGAAAUAAUCACACCGAAUCGUUCACUACAAAAACUGACACGGCAAAAACUUGACGGAUAAUCUUGAACGGAAAUGUAUUCCUACAGUACUCGCACAAUCAGCCCUAGAUGCUGAAAACUGAAACCGCUCGAAACCCGCUCGCAAGAUAGUGGAUGCUGUGCAAGCGUUACCGUAAGAGCGAUACAUUGAUGUGAAGUGGAUCGGAUAAGUGCUUCGAACCAGCAGACUAUGACCGGUCAUCAGACCGACCAGCUACAGCCGCGUUCAACUAGUGACAUGUUGAUGUUGCUUUCGGUUCACCCCAACGGACAGGGAAUGCCACGAUCGGUCGAACGCACGAUACCACCACUGCUCGAACGCCCGCUGAGACAUUCACACGUACUGGAGAUGAAGCUGUAAAUAAUAGUAAGCCCUGGGAGUUGAGUUUCCACACUAGCAGGAACCGUGUAGGCCGACAUAAAAGGCAGCGUCAAAGCGUCAAUUUAUUUGUUUCUUCCCUGCAGAGGUGACGUACGUAGGCGAAACAAGAAGAUAAAAAAACAGUUCCAAAAGUGUACAGUCGUGCAGCUUUUGCCCAACAAUAGAUCUGAUAGAUCCUUGUCGCUACGUGAGCCGAGCAUCAUCCUUCGAAGGGAGAGCGAAGAUAGUAGUAAACAAAAAAAAAUACAUACAAACAUUAAACAAACAACAAAACACGUCUGUGUGCUUCCGUGCUGAGUAACUGCGAGAAGACAAGUAAAGAAGGAAACAAUAUAAACACUCACACAUACAUCACCCCUCUCAGCCAGAAGAUGAGCUUCUUCAGUUCGCUACAGCAAUACGUGACGAGUGGGGUUGCCGGGCUCGGGUUGAAUCCACGGCGGUUUUCCCUGUCGCGCCAGGAAUCGACCGAAGGCUCUUCCGGCCCGUCCGGUGGUCACUCGUCCUCGUCGUCCUCCGUCACCUCGCCGUAUGGUAUGGGCGGUACGGGAGGUGCGUCGGGUGGCAUGGGACACAGUCCCGGCCCAAGCCCGGGAGGUCCCGGAAGCAGCAGCCAAGGAAUGUGUGGUCUCGGCUCAAGCGGUGGUAGCAGCAUCGGUAGUGGAGGCGCCGGCUCAACCGGACAGGGUGCGGGCGGCACAUCGACAGCGGCAGGAACAUCGCUUGGCUACGGCAAGGUGGCAACACCAUCGACCCUUGCCGCACCCGGCACACCCCCGAUCCGGCGCCAGUCAUCCGGCCGUGGUCUCGAUGCGCUCGUACCGCCACCCCGGCAGGGAUCGUUCCGUGGACGCAGCUCGCCCAUCAAUCCGAACCCACCGGACAAAUCGUCGUUUUCCGUGUGGAAACGGCGCCCGUCCUGGCCCGAGGUGGAAAUUAAGUCGUCAUCCGGUUAUCCGUCCCGGGCCCCCAUGAUAAUGGUGCAACCAGUGGCCGAGGAAUGUUUCGCCUCGCAUGGCCCAAACGAGCAAGGCGUGACGGAAAUAGUGUAUCGCUUCGACAAAAUGAAUCCACCCUAUAAUAGUGUCGUGAGUGCGAAUAACAAUAGUGUGCAGGAAAACGAUGGUUCCUACUUCGAAAGCUUCACUGCCCUGUCCUGGAAGAGCGAAACCCGGCGCAUGUCAGCCGUGCGGGCGGUCGAAACGAGGGCCGAAAUACUGCCGGAGAAUGACAACGAUCGGUUGCUGGAAGAUGACAUCGAGCGGUCGGAACAGAAGGAGCAUCUCUACCUGGACGUGCUGUACGCGAUUGCGAAUACGGUGGGAGCGCCGGCACCCGGUGGACAGCGACUUAAAUUUGCGCACUACAAAGAGGAGAUGUACCUUCAGGCGCAGCGCGUGUUCAACGUGUCGGCCGACCGGCACUACCGGCUGCUGCAUGCCGCCACCGAGGAAAAGCCCAAAAUCAUCGUGCUCACCGUGAUCGUACAGGAAGCGGAAGGGCUCGAGGCGAAGGAUGCCAACGGUUUCAGUGAUCCAUAUUGUAUGCUCGGCAUUCAACCCUCCGGUACACCGCCACCCCCUUCGCCCCAACCACCGAUGACACCGCGCACUCUCUCCGACACCGGCAUGGACAGUCUCGAUUCGCCCGAGCAUGGGAAGCUGCGCAAACACCACAGCUUUCGGUUGAGCUUCAAGCGCAAGGACGGUCGGCAGCAGCGGGACUCAGUCGGUCCUGUGCCGGCCAAAUUCAUCCGUGCAACUUCCGUCAAACCGCACACGCUGUGUCCGAAGUGGAACGAGAAGUUUAAAUUUGACAUCGACGAUAUCCAUUCGGAUCAGCUGCAUCUGGACAUUUGGGACCACGACGACGAGAGCAGCGUGCUAGACGCUGUAUCGCGACUGAACGAAGUGAGGGGCGUUAGGGGUUUAGGUAGAUUUUUCAAACAGGUGUGCCAGUCGGCCCGUCAAGGCUCGCAGGAUGACUUCCUCGGUUGUAUCAAUAUUCCAGUCUGUGAUAUUCCUUCAACGGGUUUGGAGGGUUGGUUCAAGCUGGAGGCACGCAGCUCGCGCAGCUCCGUGCAGGGUCGCAUACGGUUGAAGAUGUGGCUGUCGACGCGGGAGGACCGCGGCACAUCGGAGGAGGACAACACGCUCGAGGUGAAAAAGUUUGAACGGCUGCAGACAAUCUUCAUGAUGCAUGAGCUGAACGCCUUCGAUCCGGCCUGGAAGUGGAAUGGGGAGCUGGCCGGACCGUCGCUAACCAUCCUUCACCAGAUGGCUGUGCAAAGUGAUCUAUCGGAUCUACAAAUUUCUUUAGCAAAACUGGUAGCUAUCAUACGAAUCAAUCGCAAAAAGCCGCUCGACACAAAGUUCGUCCACCGGCAGCUGAUCGAGGUGGACAAGCUGUGGAUCAACAACUACAACAACGAACCCUUGACGCGCGAGCUGGAACAGUGGUUGGCCGACUCGUUGAACGGUUUCGUCGAACGGUCGCUCUGCCAGAUGCGCCGCCAUCGGGAAAUUUUCCCCGCCCUGCAUCCUCCCUCCCUGGUGCGGCUCGAGUAUCUGCUCCGCUGUCUCGGGCUGCUCGGUUCGAUGCGAGCCUUCCGGCAGGUUAGCCCCUUCAGCAAAGGCGUCCGGGGGGAGAUUGUUGGCGCACUACGGAAGGGUUCCACAACGUGGUCCCAGGCACAGUUACGCGAAUCGCAACGGUCACCGAACCCGCUGGUACAUUAUACAACGAUUUUGAUAGCGGACCUGCAGCUGGGCAUCACCUACUACCAUGGGCUGUUCGAUUCGACCAACGGCAUCCAGUACUUUAGCAUCGUUUACAAACAGUUUGAUUCAUUGCUCGCGGAGGAAGUAACCAACCGGAUCGAAUGUGGCCAACUUCCCGGUACGAUAGUCAAUCACUGGACCAUUCUGGAUCACGAUCGAGAACCCGAUACCGCUCCGUUCGAGAUCUAUUUCGCACUGCAAGAGUUCCACAACAUGAAAUCUCAUCUCUCCGUAACGCCCCAACCGCCGGAGAAACCGCUCGGGCUGCAGAACUUCCACGAAUGGUUCGAACCUGCCGUACAACGAUGGAUUUCGGUCAGCAAAACGAAAGCAAUCCAGCGCAUUAAGGCGGCCGUUAGCGUGGAUCAGGUGUGCGAAGGUGAGCGUAUCGUGCGGCACAGCACCUCGUCCAUCGAUACGGCCUCCUGCUUCUAUCAGAUACGCGAGUUUUGGAAAAAUCUUGCCUGGCCCGACCAUAGUUCCGGGGCGCAUUACGAAACGCUCAUCAUCGAUCUGGUCUGCACGACGGCUAACGUUUACUCGGAUCUCAUCCACCAGGGGAUGGCCGAUGGUGGUGGGACGGGAUAUUACGACAAGCAAGCGCAACAGCAACCCCGUUCAACCGACGAACUGUGCGUGGUCGUCAACAAUCUCGAGUAUGUGCGCCGUGGACUGGCCGAAUUCCAUCCCGAAACACAUCAGCUGCCGGAAAAUGCGGAAACCCUGCUCGAUAAUACGAUCGCUCAGCUGGAAGCUAAGGCGGAUCGUGUGCUCACAAAACUGACCGCUUCAAUGCAAGGUCCGCUUCAGAAAUCCGUUUUCCAUCUCGCCUGGUCUCCUGAUUCGCUGCCCGCGAACCAAGCCGUAAUGCCACUGCUAGAGUAUCUCGAUUCGCAUCUAGCGACGCUGAACGUGACGCUUCUAUCGCAAAACUUCUACCGCGCCAUGACGCUCAUCUGGAACAGCGUGCUGACGGAGUUUGCCAAACAGAUGGAUGCCGGUGGUGAAGGCGAAAAGCCAACCAACUUUCACGAUCGCAUGUACGGAGCGCUUCAACUGCUUGGGGAGUUCUUCAACGCCGAGGGGCUCGGACUGCCACCGGAGAUUCUGCAUAGUGACACAUUCUGGCGGGUGGAACAACGCCUUCAGUACCACAAAACCGACACCGAGCACCUGAUCGAUCUGUUCUACAUGCAGCGGCUACAGGAACAGCUGAACACGAUCGGUCAAACGCCACUGGGGUCGUUGUCGGUAAAGGCGUACCUUAACCAUGAUUCACUGUGUGUGGAAAUUUUGCACGCUAAGGAUGUGAUCCCACUCGAUCCCAAUGGUUUCAGCGAUCCGUUCGUGAUCAUCGAACUGUUGCCCCGGAGGGUGUUUUCGCACUGUUCCGAGCAACAGACGAACGUGCAUAAGAAAACGCUCAACCCGGUAUUUGACGAGUGUUUCGAGUUUUCCGUCACCCAGGAACAGUGCCAGGUGGAAUCAGCCAUGAUAGUUUUCACCGUGAUGGAUCACGACGUGCUGACGGCAAACGACUUCGCGGGCGAAGCAUUCCUGGCGCUGAACAACAUCCCCGGUGUGGCCACCAACUUCAACAUUGACAAUUUUAACGGUCUGGCACAGAUCGAUCUACCGCUGCUGGAAAUGAAAGAUAAAAGUCAUCCAAUACUGCAAAUUCUUGAAGGGCGCGUCAACGACAAAAAUGCGAUGGAUUUUCUGCGCAAGCAGAAGGCUCGUGUUGUUGGUUAAGCUGCGAGCUGUAGGAGCAUGGAUCAGCAGCAUGGAAAUAAUCAGCUUCCUGAUCAGGGGUUGAUCAGUUCGGAACCUUGUUCCUAUCUUUCUGAUAUCCUUUAAGGAUCAGUAGUGCUGCUUGCUUAACAAGCUUAGCGAGAUUUGUUCGAGCUCAAAAAAACAAGAAGAAACUUACACACACCCACAGGCCACGGGGAAACCAAACACUUGAUGCAGAGCAUUAUUCUGGUAAACCAAAACAACACAUGGAUAGUGAUGGUAUGAUAGAUCAGCAACAUUUAAGCAUGGUAGAGAGAAUUUAUAUAUGUAUACAUAUAAGUGUUAGAUUGCACCGAACCACAACAGCAAACCAACAGCUGGCUGGCUGGCACUCUUGUAAGACUUUAUGCAUUUUUAAAUUACUCACCGUCGUUCGCAUCGUUCCUUGUGUUUUACAUAUAUCUAGCCAACCGAUUGCCUUCUUACGAACCCUUACAAAGCAUGUACGUGUGUGGUAGCAAUGCUAAGCGUAGUUUCAAUGUACAUACCUGUAGGGCAUACACCCUGCAUAGUCGGCAUAGCAUCCUGCUAAUCGAUCCUCCUUUACCGUAGUACUGUGACGAUCACCAAAGUUAAACCAUGUGUGUCGAUGUGUCGAUCAACUCAAUCUUUACUACGAACAGGUAGUGAUCAAUGUGUGUGUUUGUGAGUGUACUGUUUGGUGAUCGGUACAGGUAUUCCGAUACCCGGGAAAAGAUUUAAAUAUUAAUAUACUAAUGACACUACUAGGGAAAAUGUAUUUUUAACGAUAUAACGUACAACUACGGGACGGCGUCUACUGACGUCGGCCCCGAGGAAACUAACAAGCUAUGCAUCCAAUUCCACAUCUCUCCCAACAGCUAGCAUUCUUUGCGGACCCGUGCAGAUCGAUGAUGAAUCGUAAUGAAUUGGGUAUUUUAAGCAAAAAUAACGCACGCACGAACAGCAUCGAUGAUCGUGAACGUAUCAAUCAAUUAUAAAAAGGGCAAGGUGUGUGGCAUGCGAUGCGGAUUUGAUAGAUGAUGAUGUCGAUGGGUUGUAGCAAUCUAUACAUAUACAAUUUCAAACCCCCUUUUUAAGGAACUAUAUACAGUGUAAUGUUCUGUCUUCUACAAUGAACUACCACUACGCGUAAAGCUAACGAAAUUUGGGAACGAUCGAGGACGAAUGAAUGGAUGGAUGCGAGCGUGUGAGCGAGUGAAUUGCCUGAUGGGAAGUGUGUACGUGGAAUAAUAGCAUCGAGUAAAUGACCAACGAGUAACCAACCAAACCAAAGGCGGACGAUUAACUUUUAAGCUGUAAAUUUUCACUGAACUGCAGAUAUUUUCUUAUGAAUGAAUAAUGACUCUAGGAAGUCGCCAACGGAUAAGUCGAAACGGAAGCAACGCCGAUUGCUUUUUGUACGAAAGGCGCACAACUCUUCCCCUUCCCCUGCUCCUGCUCCCGCCUAUCUAUCAUUCGCUUUCGUCCUUCGUCGUGUGUAGUAACACGCAGAAACAGUUCACUAACACACCUAAAUACGCUAGACCAAUUUCCUUGAUGUGAUCCUUCUGUCAGCAGCCGAGUGUAUAACGUACAAAUGACGCGGUACACAUAUUAAGGAAAUGUGUGUUUUGUUGAGGUGUGUAAAUGUGUGAGUGUUUUUUAUCAUUGUUGUGUAGCAGCAUUACCAUAUGUAUCACUCUUCAAUAGUCAGAACCACGUGGUGAGUUAAUUUUCAGCAACUCCUCAAACGCAAGCGAACACGCGUCACUUCUACUAACAUACUUUACCUAUCAUUAGUGUAAUGGUAAAUGUCGAGCUUAGAUGUGCUAACCAAAAUCACUAAGUAUAAACCAAGCGAACCGAGGUAGUUUAGUAGCGGCUUCAAUCACCGGUCACUCCUAACAGUACCGUAGUAGCAAAUUUCUGCACCUCAUCUACUUAGAACCCCCGUUAGUGACUACACGGCAGAACUGUACAGAUAGGCGCGCCCGACACGCACGUAUUUUCUACCUUCAAAAAUGGCCAAGCUUUAAACUAACCAACAACAAAAAAACGGGGAUAGGUGUGGUAAAAUCACUAUCCACCCUACGGUAUCCAAGAUGUACAACUAAUCUCAUCACGAAACGCAAAAAACCGAUCUACCGAAAGCAACCAAAGCGAACUGAUAAGUGUCUCGUUUUCUCGAUGUACCUACGCACACACUACUAACGUUUAGUAUAGUCAUAUUCGACGGUAGUGAAUGGAAAACAAAUGGCCCCAGGAAAAAGAAAAUAGCCAGGAAGCUAUCGAACAAGCUGUAUUCUCUAUUUUUGUAUAGUGAGACUUUUUUUCUACAUCUUUAUACAUCUAAAUUUUCCAAAUACAGCUUCCUGCCAUUCCUGGGGGAAAGUGUGGCACUGGGGACGGAAAGGACUCAUCAAAGCUUGCCCUUCAAUCGCACAAGCACAGUAACGAUGUGUGCGUGUGACAACCCCAAUUUUUGUAACGCGUAAAGCACGAACACUCUAAUAUGAUAAUGGGAUGGGAUGGAAUCCGUAACCUUAUAUACACUCACCUUUAGGAAACGAAAACAAAAAAACACUUCAUGCGUACCCUUUCUUAGAGCAGCCUUUUUCUAGUGAAAUGUAACCCAUUAAGAAACAGAAGAAAACACCUCCUAAACUAGCUCUUAACUAAUCGCUCCCCAACAACUAUCCCUCUACUCCUCCAUUUCAUCGAUCGAGUAGGAUCUGGUCACCAUCGCGACGCGCCAUUUUGUAUAAACCAAUCCACAUCGUCUUAACGUUCAUGCAGUAGUGGUGAUGGUAGUUGUAGUAGCCGUAAUCGUAGUAGUAGCCAAUGCACUGUCACGAUCAUCGCAAAUGACGAUAUUCUACCUUAAGCAGAGCACACAUACACACUACACGUUAGAGCAGCUUUCAAGGUUCAUCCUUACCGAGAUCACACGGAUACAAACAAAGCUUAGCCAUCCUUACAAGCAAGCAGUACAACUAUUCUACUCUCGCGGGCCCACCCUUUUCGAAACGAUGCGACUCAUCCGUGGGAGAGUGGGUAAUUAGAUAAAAUGAAAUCAAAAACCUAUAACUAUCACAAUCGUGGAGUUAGUAGUUAAUGUGAAGUGGAGAGAUUCAGCCAAAAAAAAGAACAAUAGUCUAACAGAAUGUUUUUUAACCACGUGUUUGCUGUCCGUCGUCUCUCGUCGGUUGUGUGCUGCAUGGUCCGGCGCAGUGAGCUCACUACACCCAGCCUCCUUUACACAUGCUACUAACUAUAGUACCGCGAUGCAGUACCGAAACCAAAGAAGUAUCGUUUAACGCUAAAUCUAUCGCUCGGCGCCCCUCGUAGUGUACCACUUCUAUUACUUAGAAACAUAUACAUAUAUUUUUCUGUACACCAUUUUUUAAAAACCGCCAUAACGCGCAUCUCCAACGCCCGGUAGCUUGCGAUGUGCGAUUAACUUAAAAAAA